AUGGGCGUCUUUGGUGAAAAGCACACUUCCCUGACACGCGAACAGAAGCGCCAGCUGAUCCACCAGGCCGACACUCACAAACUGCGCCCGACCGAGGUCUGCGACUGGGUGCUGGCCACCUGGGGCCUUCGCAUCGCACGUGUGACAGUGUAUUCGAUUCUGCACAAGCAGCGUGCGUCGUUGAUGGCCGGCCACAAGGAUCUAUACCAAUCUAUGCAGAAUAAUGUCAAUGGACACCAAGCCUCUGGAUCGGCCUCCUCGUCGUCCUCGCCUGCCAUUACCAGCUUCACGAAUACCAACUUGGAUGCAGAGGACGCAUGCCUCGAGCGCGACAUGAGUACAGGCCGAGUGAACAAGUACCGAACAAGCAAUAAGCGUGAGCGCAGCAGCAGCAGCAGCGCUCGAAGCAGCAGCGUUGUUAGCGAUCUCUCGACCUCAAUGAACCUCGGUGGCUCUGGAGAAGGGGCGCGAUGGGAAGGACAGCUCAAGCGCGUGCGAGAGCCUGCCUCGGUUGAGCUCGACCGAGCCAUGGUCCAGUUCCUGAAGUCCUCGGCAGCGGUGGAUGCGCACGGCCGCCGCCUCAACGACGCCGAGCUGCAAUCUCAUGCCUUGCGUCUCGCCCGAGAAAUCCCAAGUGCGAGCCGGAUGCGAUGCUCCUUCGGCUGGCUCAGGCAUUUCAAGCGCAGGCUAGGUGUUCAGUGGGCCGCGGACCGGCUCGGUCGAUACAGAUGGAUUAUCGAGAUGGAUCCCUUCGGCUCCCGCGAUGCGGAGGCUUCGGAGCCUUCGUCUUCAUUGCCAUCCUCAUCGACUGUAGGAGCUGCUCCGAGCUCGGCUGAGACCCCUAUAUUGUCAUCCGUGGCAGGUGCUUCUGCUCACAACCUCACUCUCCGGCGACUUAGUCAUGCCAAUCCGUCUCCUCGGCGCGAAGGCAAGGUCAAGCGAGAGCACGAUGACCGCAAGGCAACGCAACAUUCUCAGAAAACCCUGAAAGAGCUGCUUGACAACGACGACGCUGACGAAGAGGAGGAGUACCAUUCAAGCAACGAAUUGUUGGGGAAGGAUUAUAACCCAAUAGCAUCCACUGCCAAUGCCUUUGUACCAUCAGGAAAGACCACAAGGUCAGCCUCAACCUCCAACCCAACACCAACGUCGGCCUCCAACCUUCCGUACGGUACGGCAUUGGGACUAGGUCAACUCUCUCAGACGCGUCGCAGCUUCGACCUGCAGCAGCCAAUACAGCCGCCACACCCACAGCAGCACAGACAUUAUUCCUUCAGCGAAUCAUCUUCGUUCUCGUCCCUAGGCCAGUUCACGUCCGCGCUUUCUCAACCGGUUAAUGUGCCAACCACUUCCCUCGCACACCCCUCCCACAGCGCCUUCCUCAAUUUGCACCCGAGCUCUCUUCAGUCUUCAUCCCAGCCGCACACGCAGUCCUCUAUCCUUGACUCCUUCCCCACCCUGUUCGACUCCCUCCCCCCUCUGCAAAAUAUACCCACUACCGCUUCAUCGCCUCAAGUCCUGUUCAGUCAGUCUCCCCUCGGAGACACCCACGCAGAUGCAGCAGCUCCAGCGAACGUCCCAAAACUGAGCAAUUCGCAGCUGGGUAUGGGAGUCGAUGGCGGCAUGCGCAAGGUCCCGAGCAAGAACGAGGCAUACGAGAUGCUGCAGGGCCUGUUGCUGUACUAUGAACAGGAUCAGCAUUCCAUUGGCGAGCAGCAGACGCUCUUGCUCCCAAGGUGGAUCCACCAGCAGCGACAGAUCAUGCAGCAGUCGGAUGAGAAUGAUGCCAGGAUGAUGUGGAUGCGCCAGCAGUAUCAGCAGCACCAACACCAGCAGCGCCAACCCCAGCCCCAGCACCAGCAAACACAAACAGGUUCAUUUUCGGCUUCGCCGUCGUCCUCGUCCUCGUCCUCGUUCACCACACCGCAUCCUCUUUCCAUGGCCUCUCAGAACCAUCAAGCUCACCCUUUAUCUGCUCAGCCGCUAUUGCAUCCGCACUCGAACUUUCCGCAGGCGCACUCUCAUCGCUCCGGGUCGCUGAGUUCAUCACCACCCCUGUCACCGCUUUCGACAGCAAGUCCGACACCAAGUACCAUCACCUCUUCUACAUCUCUUGGCGGUAACAACGGGUCUACACCAUCCUCGGCGGCUGCAACAGCAGGAAGCGGUACUGGCCAUCCCAGUGCCAGCGCAAGUGGCCCAGCAGGCCUGGAUCAUUUCAGUGUGAACUCUGCAUUCCCCUCGUUGACCUCGUCGAUUGAGCAGCAAAUGUUCUUUGCACAUCAUCAUGCGUUACAGCAGCAGUUCGCAUUGCAACAACAGCAUCAACAGCAACAGCAACAGCACCAGCAGCAAUAUCAGCAGCAAUAUCAGCAACAACAUCAGCAGCAACAGCAGCAGGAGCAACAGCAGCAACAUCAACAGCAACAACAGCAACAACAGCAACAACAGCAACAACAGCAACAACAGCAACAACAGCAACAUUCAUCGUUUGUCCUCCAACCGCAACAUUAA